ACACAUAAGAAUGCGGACACGUUCUAUGGUUUCAUGAUCAUGAAAAGAACUUUAAGCCAGAGUAUAUUCAAGGUGUUGUCCGCAACACUCUGAAGAGCUUCAACAUGAAUCAUAAACAUGCACAACUCCUGGCUGUUUUAGUUCUGUUGAACGUAUACUGCAAGGAUGCCUCUCUCUCUGUCUCUCUGUGUGAGGAAUAUCUUGGUCUUCAACCAAAACCAUUUUGUGGAACCAUCAAAGUCGAAGAAGGAUUUGGUAAAUUUUCCACUUUAAUUACCAACUGCUCAGUUCAGGGUAAGGUAGUAUUCAAAGCUGUGAAAAUGAUCCAUUCAAGUAUUGCAAGACAGUGUUUGCAAGAACUUAACGCAACACACAAUGUGAGCAAAGCUGAUAUCACAGACCGCCUUCUGACCACAAGCAAGCUUUAUGAGAGCACACAAGGCAAAGACGAACUCCUGCAAGACGUACGCCACAUUUUGGUCAAGAGACAUCAUUCAUUGGAGGAGGAAUCUCAGUUCUCUCCCCUCAUUCAAGACAUUGCAAAUGAAACUCCAGGACUGGAAGAGAUGGUGCUGAAGAAUGCAUCAAAAAGAUUUGAAAAAGAUGCAGUUGUCUCCCAGUUACUAGCCAGGUACUAUUACUUAAAAAAGAAGGAUUUCUCAGAGGCAAAGGUUUGGGCAGGGAAAGCAAAAGAUCUUUCCAACGACAGCUCAUAUAUUGCAGACACAUCAGCACAAGUGAUCAAGCAUGAGCUGAAAAAUGCUAUUGCAAAGUACAAGGAAGAGUCUAUUAGUCCUGAAAGAUUGAGCAUGUUUCUCAAAAUGGCUCAGUCAGCAAUAGAUGCAUUCAAAGAAACACAGAGCCUUGCAAAGAAGGAGUCAGUUCAACGAUUAAAAAUUAAGACAGACAACUGCUCUUUCAAUACAUGUGGGUGCCUGGGAGAAGUUCAGGUUGGUGUACUUGUCAUUGAAGUACUGUCAAAGAUCCCUGUAUUUUCGAAGGACAAAGUGCGCCAUGACAUACUGAGCCAGAUUCUCUCUGGAGACAUGACACUUCAGAAUGUAGAGCGGUGUGAUCAAUGGCAGAACAAACACAGAUGCUACUACAUCCCUCUCAGACAAUUUGAGGAUUUACUUUACAACCUUAAAUACAGAAUGAAAAUUAACUUUGACUUCCUUGACAAUUUUUAUGUGAACUUGGGCAGAUUCGGAAUGAAAGACAGUCGUGAACAAGUGUCCCAAAAUGAGCUUUUCAGAUGUUUCAAACAGUAUGCCAACCUUUUCUGCAAGACAGAUUCUUCAGCUCUUUGGAAGAACAAAACCAUGUUUGAAAAGCUGAAACUACACCAGGUAAGACAAUUCCUGGAGAUGCAAAAAGCUGACACCUACUCUGGGAUUCUGAAUUGUCUCUCAAAUCAUUUCUCAACUGAAAUAAUGGAGAAGAUUGCCAAACAGUAUGAGUUUGUUUGUGUUCGUAACCCAACUGUGACAGAGAGAAUCAAUCUCAUCUAUGUCAACGUUGUGUUGAGUUGUAUCAAACUUGAAUCACAACACCUUCAGCCAUACCAGAAACUAAUUCAUCUCCUUUGCCAAGUUCUGCGUGAGCAAAUUCCAUUAAAUGAUAAUUUGCCACUGCACUUCAUUGCAGUUAUGCUCUUGUGGCAACAGCAGGACCGUCCAGAAUCUAGAGCUCUGGGGAAGUACAUCUCACAGAUGAGGACCUCUUAUCAUGCAGAGAUGAGGGAAGUGUACAAUGGUAAGAGUCCCAUUGUCCAUUUCUUCUUGGGGAAGAAGCAGGGAUAUGAACGACUUGUACCUUUUGAAAAAAUCAAAAGGAGCGUCAUGGUUGGGCAGGAAGAGUUUGCUUCCAUGUGGAAAAAUGGCAAAAUAUGGAAAGAGAAGAAGGUGGAGGAACUCCUUUGCAGGGUCACAGGCGAGGUGAAUAACAACUUGAUACUGGCACACACAUUAAUCCCAGAUCUUAAGGUCGAAGUUACUCCAAUGUUUCGAAGUCAGCUUAGUGGGCGUGCUGAAGGGUCAAAAGUGUCAUUCUUUACUGGUUUCUCAAUAAAAGGGCCCCCUUGCAUUUGACAUAAACUAAACCUUAGAAGCACCCUGUUCAGUUAGUAUUAGUUUUGAUCAGUAGAUUCAGCUUAUCAUUGUGGAACUGUUUUAUUCAGGUAAAGUGAUUGAGUUGCUUGCAUGCUUAUUUAA